GACAACAACGCGUGAUAUGCAAGAAGAACCACCGAGUGAAAGCAUUUCUAAGUGCAUCAUCCUCUCCAUUCGGUGAUAGCAAUCAGCGGUAUAAAACCUGCCACCCCAACAUGGUGGAUAAGCAUUUGACGCCGUUUCGGUUUGUGUGAUAGGUGCAUCAUGAAAGUAUUUGUGGUUUCCUCCCUGUUGUUAGCGAUCCAUUGCCAUGACGCGCUUUGCAAGAAGGACCGAUCUAGCAGAAGCAACUCCAAAAGGGGAAUAUUCGAUGAUUUUGGAGGAAGCCAUGAAAAUUACGUAGGAAACGGCCUAGCAUUUAGCAACGAAAACAGCAACGGAAAUGGAGGAAAUGGACCGUAUGGAGGGGGCUACAGUGGGAGUUACAGGGACAGCUAUGGAGCUGCUGUUGGGGGAGCUCAUGCAGUCCCUAACUCCAUAGCCCACACUUCUCAGGUUGCAGUUCCUCAGCAUUACCCGUUUGUUAUUCCUAAGAGAGUGCCGGUUGGUGUUCCACCAUCAGCAGUUGUACAGAUACCUAGACCAGUACAGAUUCCGGUGCAUGUACCCCAACACCUAGGCGUACCGCAACGCCCUAUCCCAGUGCCUGUGAGAGUAUCAGUAGUACCUCAACCUCUUCCACAAGUUCCUCCUCCACCGCACUACCAAGCACCUCAACAGGGACCAUCGAGGGUACCGAAGACCAUCAUCCACGAACAAUACCCUCACUACCCGGUGUCCCAACAUCAGCCCAUUCAGUACCAGGGUGGACACGAUGGAGGUUAUGAGAGUGGGUAUGAGGAAGGGUACCAGGGGCAUUAUGGGGGCGGAUAUGGACAUGAAGGAGUUAGCUAUGCGACCUCAGUUUUCCACCAGAAUCCACACGGCGGGUAUAGUGGCCACCAUCACUAUCCAGGAGGUGCAACCAGCUACUCUUCUGUAUACAAACAGUAAACAGCAAUUUUAUUUGAAUGCCAAAUAUCUCUUUUGUACAAUACUGUUGUAUUUACUGAUAGGAUAGACA